AUGGAGAUAUACGCAGACACCAUAACAAAAAUCCCAGGUGAUGGUAACUGUCUAUAUAGAGCAAUCGCAUACCAAAUCAACGAUCUGUUUGGCAUUACAUUCGACCAUCUAGCAAUCCGACGCGACUUAGCUAAGUACGUUAAGGAUAAUCAACACAACGAUAACAUACACCAAGCUAUUAGGAGUAACCUAAAUGACACACUAACAGAUCUACAGACUCAAAUCAACAAAUACCUACAAGCUCAAUAUAAAGAAGGUACCUGGGGUGGGACUGAUAUAUUGAUAGCAGCAGCUGAAUACUACAGCAUCAACGUCAAAAUCUUCCAAGGCUAUCCGCUAAAAGAAACAAUACAAUUCAGCCCGAAAAAUAAUGACGCAGCAGGUUGCAUAGGCCUAAUAUUUAAUGGAAAUCAUUACGACUGCUUCAAGAAUCAUUUGGGCGCUUCUUCACUAAACCCCACACAAAAGACAGAAAGCUCAGACGAAUGCACCCCGGAAGAAAUAACUGACGAAACCGGCUACAGACUAAUAAGACCGAAGCCUCAUUACACAACUAUAAAACAAAUAGACAACAUCAAUAUCGCUACAUGGAACGUAAGAGGCGCAGCGACCUUAAACAAAAAAGCAGACAUUGACUCGAUACUAGAAGAUAAAUUGAUUCACAUUGCAUGCCUACAGGAAACCCAAGUGGGUUUCCUUACAAACACAGAUCUAAUAAGAAUGGGAAACCCCCGACUGGACACAUCUUUCGGCCGCAAUAGUUGUAAAACGACAUACAGAUCCGGCCGCAAUAUUUCACAAAUCGACCACAUUAUGACCCAAGCUAAAACUCCACCAUCAUUUAACUAUAUAAAAGGCGAAUACACGCCACUUUCGGACCAUAAAAUCAUCUGGGGCAAUCUAAGACCUUUAAAUAGAAAUACCAACAAGACCCACCAAUUUAAUACUCAAACAACAACAUCCAAAAACAAGGAGCUAAACACAUUUAAAUAUAAAUCGCUAGAUUAUGAGCUACUUCAAAGUAAAGGCACAAAAGAAAGAUACCAAACGGAAGUAAUUGAACUUUUAAAUAAAAGACAGCAGAACAAAAUCAAAGCCAACCUUUCCUGGGAAGAAAUAACAGGAACUAUGAAAACAGAAGCCACGAACAUCCUGAAAUUUUAUCGGAAAUAUUCCAGAGAUAUACAGGUUAGCUCUAACAAAACUACAAAAAGCAAAAUGCUUGAAAAACUAGCGGCCCUCUGA